GGCUCGGGAGUGUACUGAAAAAGAUUUGGAUUUAAGAACAGCCUAGCAGCCUUUGUUUUGGGCUUUCGCCUUAAAAUAAAUAAUUUUUAAAAAAAUUAGCGCAAACAGCACGGUGGGCGUCAUAUGGGCCUGGGCAGGGGGCACGCGGUGUUUGUUUAAGCAUGACGUCACUGACAGCCUUUAUUCAUCGUCACACUUCCUCCAAGAUGGCGUAGCGCUCCUCUAUAGCGGCAGUAUAUAUAUUUAUAUUUAAAAUAAUUGUCCAAGUAGGCUUAUCUAAAUUUACCAAGAGUGCCGCUUAAACAGGAGCACUUAUAUCGCUUGUUUAUACUGCCGGCUUCAUUUGACGCAGCAUGUCGACGGAAGAGCUUUCGGCCUCAGACAGCGAAGCGGCACUGGCAGGUGCCGGCGAGCGAUGGGCGCCGGUGGGAGCCGUAGCCAGCCCCGAAGACGAGGACCCGGGCAAACGGGAGCCGGAGCCGGGUCGAAAAGGCUCUGCGUCCACGGGCGUCGCUGAGAUGGCGACGAAGCUGCGGAAGCUGGAGGAAGAGCAGGAGCAGCUGAACUCGUCGCUGCUGGCGCUCACGUCGCAUUUCGCCCAGGUGCAGUUCAGGCUGAAGCAGAUCGUGCACGCGCAGAGCGACGAGAAGGAGAGGAUGCUGCUGGAGCUGGAGGAGUUCGCCUUCAAGGGCUGCCCCCACGUCCUGGGCUGCAGGGCGCGGGACGCCCAGCUGCUGGAGAACUCGAGUGAGAGGGAGAAGAGGGAGCGUCUGGAGGCCCAGAGGAAGAAGCAGAAGGAGCUCAUCAUCCAGCUGAAGACUCAGCUGGACGACCUGGAGAGGUUUGCCUACCAGGAGGGCAGCUACGACUCCCUGCCCCAGUCGGUGGUCAUGGAGAGGCAGAAGGUGAUAAUCGACGAGCUGAUCAAGAAGCUUGACGUAAACCUGAAUGAGGACAUCGGGGAUCUGAGCCCUGAGGAGCUGCGGCAGAGGGUGGAUGCCGCUAUUUCCCAGAUUGUAAACCCCGUCCGUGUGAAAGAGCAGCUGGUGGACCAGCUGAAGACCCAGAUCCGCGACCUGGAGAUGUUCAUCAAUUUCAUACAAGAUGAGGUUGGAAAUCCCCUUCUAUCUGAAGACGAUCAGAACAGACCAGCGGGUUUAUCUGGUUCUAAUGUGCGAGGCAUGGGUGGAAGAAGAAGAGUGGACACCGAGCAGGCCCAGAAGAUGCGGGACACGGGCCUGCAGCUGAUCCAGCGUGCUGUGGCGGUGCUGCAGAUCUUCGCCGUCAGUCAGUUCGGGUGUGCCGCCGGGCACGUGCCCCAGAAGGUGUGGUCCCAGGGGGACGGAGGCCAGGACUACGGGCCCCUGCUGCAGCGUCUUGAGGCCGCCGUGGACCGGGUGCGGCAGCAAGCUCUCGGCAAGCCGACCCCCGAAGAACAUGUGGUCAGUUUCAACAGUGGCGCCCCCUGCGGGGCCCGCGACCAACUGACAGUCACAGUCCGCAAGGAGCUGGCUUUGGCACUACGUGACCUACUAGCCCACGGCCUCUACUCCCCGUCCCAAGGCAUGAGCCUGGUGCUGGCCCCCAUUGCUUGCUUGUUGCCUUUCAGCCCUGCUCCUCAGGAUUUGCACCCCUGGGAGCUCUUUGUCAAGUACUACCAUUCCAAAAACGGCCAAGCUUUCGUUGAGUCUCCGGCCCGGCAGCUCUCGCAGUCGUUCAGCUUGCCCGUCGGAGCUGGCCCGGUGACCAUCACGCCCAAGCAGUCGCUGCUGUGGGCUGUGCACUGCGUGCUGCAAGAGCACAACCCCUACAAGAGGAGCGCCGAUUCCGAGUUCAAGGCUCUGGUGUGCUUGGCGCUCAACGAGCAGCGGCUGGUCUCCUGGGUCAACCUCCUUUGCAAGUCCAGCACGUUGGUCAAUUCGCACUACCAGCCAUGGAGCUACAUGAUCCAGACGGGCUUUGAAAGCGCCCUCCGCAUCCUGGGCCGCCUCAGCCACUUGAAAUUUAGCCUUCCCGUGGACCUGGCUGUCCGACAGCUCAAAAACAUUAAAGAUGCUUUUUAAACUCUGAUUUCUCUAAUCAGGGCAAGUGCAUCACUGGAAUGUUAAUCUUUAUGAACUCGCUUCCCUGCUGCAUGAAGGUGAAUGAACCACGUUUUCCGAUGGUGUCUCAUUAUGGAUUUCUCCCACUGUAGGAGGAGUAGAGGGGCCUAGUGUAGUGUCUUAUUUUAGACUCAUUUCAAAGGGCUCUGAAUGAGCUCUAAAAUCCCUGGGCUCCAUGUAGCCUCCUUGCAACAUUCCAAAAGAACCCGUGUCUUUUUAAUGCCAGUAGUCGUUUCCUUGAAGGGCAUCGUUUAGCAUAAAUUUCGCUGCAUGCUGCCAACCAAAGUUCAGUGAGUCCCAUGCAAGGUAACUGGUACAUGGGUAACGUUAUGGCCGAAAAGCCAAUUGUCCCAUACCUGACUCUCGCCAAACGUGUAACAUUCCCCACGAUUUGAAAAUGCAGUGCCAAUGUGUGACACACUUGCAUAGUUGCACUGAAAAGCAUACUGCAUUUAAUUUUAUUUACAUAUGAAUCGAUAUGUGCCACACUUUGUCCCCAUUGGGAUGAGAUAGAUAAGGUGGCUCUGAGCUGAGCAAAAAUUGAAAAGAAAUCUGACAUUUAGCAGUGAAAAUAUGUCAUUACAUCGCUGACCACCCAUUGUGAGACUUUGCAGAGAAUAGACCACUAUCUGUAUAUCAUUUCCUCUAAAUCUGUUGUACAUCUAGAACCCUAAGUUCCCAGGGUUCCCCAGUCCCAGCCUAGGAGGGCCGGUCUGCAACACAGUUUGCAGAUUUCCCUGCUCAGGCACUCCUACUAAAGCUGGCAAUUAGCUGGUGAGCUGAAUAAGGCGUGUUUGAGCAUAGAAAUCUGCAAACUGUGUUGCAGACUCGCCCUCUAGGGCCAGAAUUGGGGAACCCUGAUCUAGUCUAAUGUGCGUGUCUUUAAUUUAUUGAUGUUUAACGGGAGUUUAUUUCACGGAGUACAUAUAUAAUGAUGGGACUGCUUUAAGAACCCCACAAGAUCGCCAUCUGUAGGCAUAAUCUCAGGAGAUGAGGAAAAAAAAAUGUGUACAUACCUGCAUUCUGAAUGUAUAAAAGCUAUCUGGAAAAUGAGCAGUUUCAGCAUGUCGGCUGUUAUGUGUUGAGUUUAUAGCUUCUGUUUUACGAGGUCUAUGGCAUAUAUACUUUUAUUAAAUAAUCAGUGUGUGUCUUUGAGCAGAUGUAAGUUCAAAUCCAGGGAAACCAGGGCUGUACUGAUCCUGUGGAAUGGUCAAGAAGUGAAUGUUGCUAUAAUCAUAUAAUUUCAAUAUUUAAGUUAAUUUGGAGUUGCCGCUGGUUCUUUUCGUAUUGAAGUUUAAAAGGAAGUCUUUCUGGGACUUGUGAAUCAUUAUUUACAUAUCGGUAAGUGAAUCUGAAUGUACCAAUGGUAUAUGCUGUAUAACGAAAAAACUAAGAUUUAAAUGCAUACAUUUCCAAAGCUGGUCAUUCAUCACUCCACUUUGAAAAGCAUGAUCUAAAGCUAGUUCUUGUCCUUGAGAACUGCAGUGAGGAUUUUUUUUUCUUUUUCAACUGUAGAAACACAAAGACCUCUUGUUGGUUUAAGUGGUGAAAAUGUUUAAGUAGCCCUCCGGGUUAUUUUAAUGUAGAUCAGUAGUUGCAUCAAAAGUAAUUCAAGGAAAUGCAAGGCUUGCCUCAGCUGAUUUUGUCAGACUCGCUGAAAAUUGCUAUUUGAUUAGGUACCCUUUUUUCUUUAGUAAAUGCAAUUACUUAUCUCUUUGUACUACAUAGAGGUUUCAUCUCUAGUGUUGAAGCAUACGGUCCUUGGUUUUAUGACACUGUGCUUUGGGUAUUUACAGCAUAUAUGUUGUAACUUGUUUACCCAAGAAUAUGUGCAUCGUUCCCUUUGAUAGAAGUUAUUUCACGUCAAGCUUUGUAAUCAGACCAGUGAAAUAUGACCAAAUCUGUAAAAUCUCUCCUGCUCUGUGAACGUUUUUUUCCUCAGUAUAAAAUAUAAACCUGUGAAUGAUCUAGUUACUCUUUUAGCCUGUGUAAAAGUAACUACUACUGAAAUACACUGUAAACUAAAAUAAAGUACUGUAUGGGUA